UAACGAUAGUAAUAAAGUAUAUUUUUUAUUAUAUGAAUCAUUUUCAGCGUAAGUGACCAUGUAUGACAACGUUGAUAUAAAAUCAAAUACCUUAAAACUCUUCAUAUUUCUUAAUAGACGUUAUAGUGUAAAACUUAUUUCCGAUAAAGACAUUUUGCUAAAAGCUUUCCAAGAUUAUGAUUUAACAUGGAAGAUUGACAAUAUGAAAAACAAAAAAGACCAAUUAUGAUGAUAGCAACUGGGGUGAUGGAACAAAAAACAGCGUUGAAUGCAUUCUUAGGAAGGGUAGUCGAAGAAAAAUUCCACAUGAAGCCCCUCUCAAUGUCCGUAAUCCCAUGUGUACCACUUAUAUCCAACAAAUUAAAAUAUAUGGUGCAUCCUGAAGUCGGUCCAACGCAGCUCUCUGAGGGUGUGAAAGAGGGAUAUUUCCAUGUAAACUUGUCUGCCACUCAAGAUUUUGAAAUCGGCCCCGAUUUUUUCGAAUCAACCUUUGGUGUGAAUGAUGAUUUGGGUAUAUGAAAUCCUUGUAAUAUUUUGCAUUAUUCUAACCUAAUCCAAACUCUAAAUAUCUAGAAUCCUUAAAUAAUAAUAUGCAUGAUCGUGAUCAACCCACCGUACGUCCAGACGAUGAAGAAAUUCAAAAUCCGCAAGAAAACAAUUCCACUACUACUUCAAAUGUACACAACGACGUGGAUGAGGAUGAUUCAAGCGAUGAAGAGCUUGAAGGGGAUCAAGCUGCGCGAGAGUACUUUCGUUCCGGAAGAAGAUUCUCUAAUUCCAGCAGCGAUGAUGACUUCGAAAUGGAGUCAUCUAAAAAAGACGCGAUGCCGGUAUUGCUCGAUAGCGACGGUGAGGUCGUUGAUGAAGAAAUAGAUCGUAUGCAGGAAUAUGUGGAUGAGGUAGAGCAAGAGCUUCUAAAAAGACCAGACGCAAUGCAACAAAAAGGUGAUUCCGCAAAUGGAAGAAAUGAAGAAAGGGUUGCAGA